UUCCUUGCACUUCUACCAGUUAUCCACAUUUUACAUUCUGCUCUCGGAAAACACGUACAGUGCACAUUUUGUUUACACCGUUGUAUCCAUGGCUAACAAUCAUGGCGGACGAGACGACUUACCGUGUAGAGAUUGUGGGUUUACUUAAUGAUGUGUCGUUUACCAUGGCCCGAUAUUGUUUGGAGGAUCUCCAGAAGAACAGCCCAAAAGUGUUUGUAGAUGCUAAAGUCACUGGUUUAUUGGACGUGGAAUGGAAUACUUACAAAGAAGAAAAAAUCAAGGAACUUCGAGGGGAAACAUGGGAGUUUGAGGAUAAGGCGUUUGUGUUUGUGAAUGGACAGAUGAUUGGUGGUCCUGAAGUGUUCAUUUCAUGGGCAGAACACAACCAUGGUCAUGAGGAGUUCAGACCUGAAUCUCUCUUUUUAGCUCUGACAGAGGAGACCUAUGCAGAACACAUGAACAACACAAAGCAUGAUUUUGUGUUUAUGGAUUUUACAAUUGGAGAUGAACCUUCUGGCAGGCUGGUGAUUGAGCUGUUUUCUGAUCUAGUUCCGAAAACCUGUAAGAACUUUCUGGAAUUAUGCACGGGACGACGAGGGUUAACCCAAGAUCAAGCGCAUAAUCUUCACUACAAGGACUCUGUAAUUCAUCGCAUAGUGCCAAAUGGCUGGAUCCAAGGGGGAGAUAUCUAUUAUGGGAGAGGCAAUGGUGGAGAGUCUAUUUAUGGACUUGUGUUUGAAGAUGAGAACUACUGUGUGAAGCACACAAAGAGGGGGAUAGUAGGCAUGUGUAACAAAGGCAGACAUACCAAUGGCUCACAGUUCUACAUUACAUUACAACCUGCAAAAUGGAUGGACACUCGCUUUGUCGCUUUUGGGCAAAUUGUUGAGGGUGCAGAAACAUUGAAGAAAAUAGAGGAACAGGAAACCUUAAUCGAAAGACCAGUGAAGGAAGUGAAAAUUGUUAACUGCGGACAAAUUAAAUACAACUUUUAAUUUUAUAAGAAAUAUAUAUUGAUUGGUAGCAAGGUGCUUGUGGACAUUCGCCUUAUUUUCACUGAGGAAGCCAAUUCCUAUAUGUAUCUGUUCCUGUUAAGUCCUGAACAAACAUAAUGCCAAGUGUUAGUACGCACAAGGGCUUUACCAGGAUUUUAAUAUAUAUACUGUAUUUUAAAACAAGGUCAGCAUUGAGAAAACAGUGCUUUAUUUGAUUGCAAACAAAUGUAUGUACACAAUAUACUAUUCAACUACUGUUAUAAUAUGUACAUUAAUUUGUUAAAACAACAAUUCAUCUGUAAUAUGUUACUAAAAUAUAUUAAAGUUCAUUCAAUGAACUUUGUUACUGAACUGGAAUAAAAUUUUUGAUAGAAGAUAAACAUGGGCAGUUUGUAUUGUUUACAGAAUCCAAAAUUAUUGGACAUAGUUUUCAUAAUCUGGCUAUUUUAUCACAUAUGAUUGCCGCAAACCCACACAAUCUGAGCAGAAGUCAUUUUUGCAAAGUUAUUUAAGCUGCCAAUAAGUCCUCGAAUCAACUACAAUGCUUCAAAUAUAUUAAAUUUUACUGUCUGACAGACUCAAAUAUUACCACAAAAGGAGAUAUUAUGGGUAAAUCAACAGCAGAAAUGAGCAUUUCCUCUUAAUAAUACAAUAUUCUGGUUAUUUUGCAAGUUGGUGUUACACCUGCAUAUUCUUAGAUUGCAUCAGUUGAUUAUAAAAUC